UCUGAAACGACGUCCUGCUCAAAAUCGGACACCUAUCCUGCCCCUUUGCUCCUCAACCCGCCCAGCCCACCACCAGUACCAACACCCCUCCUCCAUUCAGCUCCGUCACUUACAUGCUCUUUUCCCUCUCCUGCUGUGUGCCAGUCUCUCUCUCUUUCUCUGCCUCUCUCUCUUUCUCCCUCCCCAUUUCCUCAAAGUGGCUCUUUUUACCCUGGUCCUCUCUACAUCCCUCCACUCUUCUUAGUCUUCUUCUUCCUCCAGGUUUGGGAGCAACCGGCACUGGUGACCAGCUCCGCCCAUUCAUCAUCAGCUCCCAGUUCAGAAGACCUCAGGCUUCUAUUUUGCCCUCAAACGUCCUGUGAAGACCUUAUUUUCAUUCUUUUGAUUGCUCACCCUUCCCGCCUGGAGAAGCCAGCUGGCGUGUGUGUCUGGUGUGUGUGUGUCGACGUGUGUGAGGGCUUUGUCGCUGUGCUCUGUGUACGCUGAGGGAGUCCCUAAAGGUCGUGACUGGAGGAGAAAAGUUUUCACCACAAUGAAUGUUCAGCUGCUGCUCCUGUUGGCCCUGGCCGGCCCCUUCUGUGCCUUCACACAUGCAAGUCCCACAGAAAUCCCUGCAGAGUUGCAGACCCCGUUCACUAAGAUAGACCAUGUAGAAGAAAAAUCUGAGGCUACAGGAGCGGACUUCACUGUUAUCACUGGUCCCCCUCCAACCUUGCCAGGUGUGGCUCCUGUAGAGGCCACAACAUUAGCUCUACUGGAGGAGACCACCAUUGUCAUGAAAGAUAAUACUGAAGAGCCUGUCUCUGGGACAGAAACUGUCACUGCUGCUGCUGAAGUAGCAGAACCUCUCACCAGUGAUGCUCCUGUUAAGGAGACCACAGCCCCCCCUGAGGAGACACAGACGGAGGACCACACAGUCGCCAUCAAGGUGACAACAGCUCCCGAGAUCCAACCUGAGGUGACAGAAGCUCCCGAGGGCCAAGCCGAGGUGACAGCAGCUGCCGAGGUCCAACCCGAGGUGACAGAAGCUCCCGAGGUCCAACCCGAGCUGACGGAAGCCACCAACGCAGAGAUGGGACAAGACGAAGAGGUUGUGGUUGAAAGUGAGCCAGACGAGAAUCCGACCUCUGGUCAGGUGGUUGGCAUCGUUAUUGGCGCUCUGUUGGCAGUGGUCAUAGUCAUCGCUGUAGUGAUUGUCGUGGUGCGGAGGAUGGGGAAAUACACGUCUGCCAGGAACAAAAAACCUGUGAAAAAAGACAACGUUAUGAUUUCUCCCUUGAAGAAAAAAUCUGCCAAGCAGCAUGAGAACCCAAAGUUCUGGAAAUUCUGAACUACUGAACUGUGACGCCAUUUCCAACCAUUAGAAACAAAGUACAACGCCAGGACUAAUCCAAUCUAACCAGGACUCUGGACUGCCAAAAAAAGAAAAGAAAGAGAAACUGGGGGAGGGACUUUGUGUGUAUGUGUAUGUAUGUAAUGUAUAUGAGUGUGAGACAAGAGGGGUACAUGAGCACACAUCCUCACCUUCCCCCGCUAUCUCCAGGACUCCCCCUAAAGCCAGAGAUACAAAAGGCUUUGGCUUCCCUCCUCUCUCAUCAAACGAAACAAGGUGACAGCAGGAUGUCACAAAGAAUUUCAAGGCUUUUAAAUGCAUUUUUGUUUAAAAAAAAAAAAAAAAAAAAAAAAUGAAAAGAAAGGAGAAGAAGGGGAUUUUCUGACAUGUUGUGUGUGUGUGUGGGGGGCGGGGGGGGGGGGGGUCUGAAUUUAAGUUUGUGAAAAGGACCUAAAAAUGGAAAAUACAGACAAAAUAAAAGGAAUUUAGAAGCACACAAGGACGAUGGGAACAGGGCAAAUGCAAGAGCGACUUAAUUCAGGAUGUAUAUACGAUGCAAGGGGACUACACAGUAUACAGCUAAUGACUUUCUCAUAAUGCAGUUUAGCAUAGUUUAGCAUUUGAUAGCGUGGAAUACAGAGCACAUACAGGCAGCCUUGGCUAAUUGUUGUGGCCUUUAACACACCCCCUGAGCACCAGUUCAAACGACAAGCCAAAGAUCCCGGAUAUGUUGGCCAACUGUAUGAAGCACCAUGUGCAGAAGGUUUCCUGACAUGACACUCACACGCUUUGUUGGCCAGCAUGGGGCUAGCAGAAAGGAAAACGCACCCUCAUUUGCAAGAGUAACGUGACAUUCUGCCCACUUUGACACUGACUUAUAAAAACCUAAUACAUAUCUGUGAAAUUCAGCAGAAGGGUUUGUGCCACUGUCUCUGGUAUUCUCUAGGUAGUUAAGAGGAUUUUAAGUUUUGAUGUGUGUGUUAUUAAUGUGAAUUGACCGUAUUUUAAUUAACUGCCUCCCAUUCCAAAAACAGAACAUCUUUGUUGACGUCUGGCUGAAGCCUUUCAUGCAGCCAGUGACUGUCAGGCAUGUCUUGACAAUGUGUCCACGGUAUUUUUUGUUAAUAGGUAGAUUACCAGAACAGACAUUCAUCUUUAAAUUGGGCUAACCCCAAAUUGCAUGCGCAGGAUGACAGUUUAUAGUUGCACUUAGUGUUAGUGCACAGUGUUAGGCAGCAAUGGCCUUUGCUUUGCUAUUUUUGCAUUGUAAGUGUGCUAAAUGGGUGUACAAUUUAUGAAGUCUCAGCUCAGCUCUGCUGGCUUUACAAACGUGUUUAAUAUGUGCACUGAGUGAAUGACGUAAUGUAUAAUGAAUAGGCUUUAGACACUGCAAAUGUUUGCAACGACAAGUCCGUGUCCUCCCUUCUGCUUUGCCACAUAUUAUCAGUUCUAGGUCUUUAAUUUGUGCCAUCUGACUUGUUUGAACCUUGUAUUUAAUUGCAGUGUUGUUGUCUUUUUUUUCUGGUUCAUACUGUUUCAAUAAAAAAAACAGAAAACAAUC